CAGCACCGCAGCAGCCUCAGCAUUGACAGCAGCAGCCUGUGUCUGUGUGUAACUGCGAGUUGAGGAGAAUGGCUAGGACCAAGCAGACAGCGCGCAAAUCCACCGGAGGGAAAGCUCCCCGCAAGCAGCUGGCGACCAAAGCGGCCCGCAAGAGCGCUCCGGCCACGGGCGGAGUGAAGAAGCCUCAUCGCUAUAGGCCCGGCACGGUGGCUCUGCGGGAGAUCCGCCGCUACCAGAAAUCCACCGAGCUGCUGAUCCGCAAACUGCCCUUCCAGCGCCUGGUGCGAGAGAUCGCUCAGGACUUCAAGACCGACCUGCGCUUCCAGAGCUCGGCGGUGAUGGCCCUGCAGGAGGCCAGCGAGGCUUACCUGGUGGGACUGUUUGAGGACACCAACUUGUGUGCCAUCCACGCCAAGCGGGUCACCAUCAUGCCCAAAGACAUCCAGCUGGCCCGCCGGAUCCGCGGGGAGCGCGCCUAAACGGAGCAUAGCCGGCCCUGCACAUUCACCCCGAGAGAGAGAGUAAAACACAACGGCUCUUUUCAGAGCCACUAAACCAUCCAGAGAGAGCGGGAAGCGAUCGGGGACCUGAGAGCACGACAUUAAUUUGUUCUCCGCCCGAAGUAAAUUCUGUUGUUAUUAAAUUUAUUUUGAAUCUAGCCGGGAGGGGAGUUAUUUGUAAGACACGGCUUUCUGCG